AUGGCUAAGGACAAAUCUGCCACUGAAGAUAAUUACGAAGCUAGACUUCCUGCAGUUCUGCCCUUCGCGCAACCAUUGGCCUCGAAGAAGCUUAACAAGAAGGUGUUGAAAACCGUAAAGAAGGCGUCUAAGGCUAAAAAUGUCAAGAGAGGUGUCAAAGAAGUUGUCAAGGCUUUGAGGAAAGGUGAGAAAGGUCUUGUUGUCAUCGCGGGUGACAUAUCGCCUCCUGAUGUGAUUUCUCACAUUCCCGUGCUGUGUGAAGAUCAAAGCGUGCCAUAUGUUUUCGUGCCAUCCAAGCAGGAUUUAGGAUCUGCAGGUGCCACUAAGAGACCAACAUCCGUUGUCUUUGUUGUUCCUGGUAGCAGCAAGAAGAAGGAGGGAAAGGCCAAGGAGGAAGAGUACAAGGAAGCUUUCGACGAUGUCGUAAAGGAAGUCAAGUCUUUGUAA